CUAUUUUUUAGCCUAUUCAAAAAUUGAUCUUGGCAGUACCAAAAUGAUAGUAAUAAAAUCUUUAGUAGUUUUUGCAGUACUUGCUCUGGUACACAGUGAUAAUGCAGAUGAAACAACUCUUUUAAACGUAUGGAAAUGUAUAAAACCUAAAUUGCAUGCAGGCAUACCAGAAAUUGAUGUCCCCAGUUAUGAUCCAUAUUUGCUCCCAUUCAACUUAACUUUUGGUGCUGAGAUUAUCGUCUUCAAGCGUUUCUUCAUUGUAAACCACAUACUAGUAUAUGGACUUCUCGAUGCAGACUUACAAAUUAAACAGUUAAGUAAAGAUACUGACAACGUUGCUUCUCUUGAAUGGUCCGUUGAUUUGCCUUCAAUCUUCAUCGAUGCCUUCUGGGACAGUAUUAUAAACACCAACGGUACCGAUAUCCAAACCCAUGGAAAAAUGAACAUGACCUUAACUGAUGCUCACUUUGAAGGAAUUCUGAAUAUCGAAAAGCCACUUUUUAAGGGAAGCAUUACAGAAUACAAGAUCACUAAAAACAGCGUUGCAGAUGCAGUGGACAUGCCCCAGGAUGAAAUUGUAAAGAAGUACAGUUUUGUGAAAAACUUUCAAACCACAGAGCUGGGCUGCAAGAAAGAAUGGAGCCAAGAAUCCAUCGCGCUUGCAACCGAAAGACGAGCUAUUGAGUGGUAUACGGAAGGUUCCAAAACCAUAGAAGGAACUGGAAUAGGAGUAUAUGGGCCGAGAACCAAGCAGUCCGAAAGCUUGGGAAAAUAACCAAGAAUCUUCCAGGCGGAAAUUCACGCCAUCCAGAAGUGUAUCUAGUUCAACAUCGAGAGAAACUAUCAUAGACAAGAGAUUAUCAUCAUGUCCAAAAGUCAAUCAGCCAUUAAAGUGCUGAGCUCUUACGUAAUCAGCUCAAAAAUGGUCUGGAGAUGCCUAGAACAAUUGAAUGAUCUAGGCGAGAAAAAUAGAGUUACUUUUACUUGGGUCCCGGGACAUAACGGGGUCUGUACCGGGGUAACGAGAUUGCAGAUAGUUUUGCAAUCAAAGGGACUCAAACACCCUUUGUAGGACCUGAGCCGUUCUGCGGUAUCAGCAGUAACAUAAUAUUAGGAGAGAUUAAAAAAGAAUUGGGCAGUAGGGAAACCGAUAAUUGGAACAAUCUCUUUGGGCUGAGAUAGGCCAAGAUACUUCUGGGUGAAUAUAACCAGAAAAGAUCGGAAGCCUGCAUCUUCCUGAGCAAGAACAGGCUACGUAUUGUAACAGGGAUUCUUACCGGGCAUUGCCGACUAAAAGGACACCUAAGUAAACUGAGAGUAGUAGAUGAUAGUGUGUGCAGAUUCUGUGAGGAGGAGGACGAAACCUCAAUUCACAUCAUAACUGAAUGUGUAACACUCCAGGGCACUAUAUCUAGGAGGAUAUCAAAUAGAAG